UUUAUUUUGAAAAGAAUCCAUCGCCCAUACCGGAUAUCCGUCGGUAGUUUGGCGCUGCUCGUUGUUUCGCUCCACCGGACAUUGUGAAUCUUUCCUCCAGAAACACAUCAUGGUCAACCAGCAGAAGAACGGUUUGCACGACGUUUCUGACUACGACGGCAUGGAGGACGAAGCUUUCCCUCCUCUCCCUCCACCUCAGUCCCCGGGUCUGGGAGGAGACGACGGGGGAGACCCUUUCGCUAAUGGUGAGGAAGAGGGCGACGUGUCGAAGCUGGCUGAGGUUCCUGCUGCUAAAAGGAAAGGAGUGAAGAGGCCGCAGCCCAAACUGGACUCUAACAGGCUGACGUCAGAACGAGGACUUCCAGCUCUGCGGACGCUGUUUGACAACGUUCAUUUUAAAGGCAAAGGCCACGAGGCGGAGAACCUGCGGCUGCUGAUGCAGAAGAUGGAGAACUGGGCUCACAGGUUGUUCCCCAAACUGCAGUUUGAAGACUUCAUCGACAAGGUGGAGAAACUCGGCAACAAGAAGGAAGUGCAGACUUGUCUGAAACGGAUCCGACUGGACAUGCCGCUGACGCACGAAGACUUUAUGGGUGAAGAAGAAGCGGCUCCUGAAUCGAACAUCUUUGGGGAUCCGGAUCCGUUCAGCAGAGGAAGCUUCCCCAAUGAGCUGAUCCACUCCACCCCGGCUCCAGCAGCUCCGCCUACACCGGCCGCCCCCUCCCCCGCCGCCCCCUCCCCUGCUCCCCCCUCCCUGACUGAGGAGCAGCGCCAACGCAUGGAGCUGAACAGACGGCGAGCUCUGGAGAGGAGGCUCGCCCGCCAGCAGCAGCAAACAGACCCGUCAGACUCUCGGCCCGCUGAUUCGUCUCUGUCGGCAGACGAACCUUCAUCAGUCUCGUCUGCAAACGUCCUCAACGACUCUAAACAUCAGCAGGAGGAUGAAGAGGAGGAUGAGGAGGGUUUCAACCCGCAGCCAAUCAGCAGCAGCACACAACAACCAGACCAGCUUUCACCCAAAGACUCUGAACCCUCUGAACCACCGACACAGUCUGAGACAACAGAGACCAGAACCAGUACCAGCACCAGCACCAGCACCAGUACGAGCCCCGUCCAUCAGCCCAGCAACGACUGUGAGGAGGAAGAUUAAUGAUCUUUGAGCUGAACAGCAACACUUUUAUGGUUUCAGUUAUUUUCAGUUAAUUUUUGGACACUGACCCGAACCUGCAGCGUGUUUGGACCAAACCAACAUGUUCUACAGCAGCUGGUUUAUGGAUGAAGAUGAACAUCUGGAAUAUAUCAUUAGAGCUGCAACUGAUGGUUCUUUUCAUCGUUAUUAAUCUGUCAGUUAUUUUCUUAUUAAUCCAUUUAUUGUUU